AGGCAGCGCGGGGCGGAGCCGCUCGGGUCCCGAGGAGCCGGGGAGAGAGGGGUUGGGGCUUCCCUGUUCUCCGGGCUGGGUGGAUUCACCCACCCCCCCUCCGCAACCGCCUCCCUGCGCUGCCCAGGGCGGGGGUGUCUUCUCCUUCGCGCUCCCCUACCCGCCCCACUCCCCGGUGUAGGGAAGGGGCUCCCCGGGGUGAGGUGCGGAGCCCCCCGGCUGCUGCGGGGGUGAGGGUAGGGGCUGCCGCUGUUCCAGCCCCCGGACAACACCAUGGCCAUCGCUGCGGUGAGCGAGGCGGAAACCCGGCUCUGCGGGAACUGCCAAAAGGAUGUUCCUCUUGCUAAUUUCAUCAUGCAUGAAAUCCACUGUAGCAGAAAUAUUGAAGUAUGCAGCUUCUGCAGUGAAUCAGUCCCAAAGUCUGAAAUGAAGAACCAUAUUGAGUCUGAACACGUGGAGGUUACCUGCAAGUGUCAGAUGAAGAUAGAAAAAUGUCUCUUGAAGGAUCAUGAGGCGUCGGCGUGCCCCCUGCGCCCUGCCCUCUGCCGGUACUGUGACAUCCAGCUGUCCUUCAGCAGCCUCCAGGAGCACGAAACUUACUGCGGGGCUCGGACCGAGAGGUGCGGUGGCUGCGGGCGAAACGUCCUGGUGAAAGAUCUCAAAGAGCAUCCUGGAGUCUGUGGGCAAGAAGCCAAAGGAGUCAGAGGAGGCAGAUCAGUGCCGUGCUUUGAGGAUGAAGAGGCAGAUUUGGAAGCCCUUCGAGUCCUUAGGAACCGACUCAGAGCAGAGGAUGAACUGGAGCAGUUGGAGAGAAUUGGAAACACUCAUUCUUCACUUUAUGGAGAGUGGAAUGAUGACUUAGACUACGUGUUGGCUCUUAGCUUGCAAAAUGAGAAUAAUCCUCACAGUAAUGCUGCAGCUGAAAUUCCUAGUGACCUCUGGGACACCUACUACACCAAAGAGUCUGUGCCCAAGUCAGAUGUCGUCUCCUGUGACUCUUCAGGGUCUUUUAGCAGGUCAAACUACAUAAAAAGUGACGAGGCCAUCAUGUUGCCAUGUGAAUUUUGUGAGGAGCUCUACCCUGCCGAGGAUCUGAUUCUUCACCAGACAGGUUGUAACCCAGCAAGUGCCUUCGCCUCAUUCAGCAAAAGAAGUUCCCUAAAGCCACAAAAAUAUGGUGGGCUGUGUGAUGCUGGCUCCAAAAGCCAUUGGUCUCUCUCCUCAUCCCAGCCUCAGGCUGUCCAGGCAGAAGGAGACAUUAUGAUUCCAUGUGAAUUUUGUGGCAUCCAACUGGAAGAGGAGAUUCUCUUUCAUCAUCAGCACCACUGCGACCUGCGCCCAGCCAGCCCAGCACCCAGCUCUGCACCUCAGCAGCUGCUGCCUCCACAGAACAACAGAGAGAGAAGAGGAUCACCAGAGCUGGCUCCCAGAAGACUCAGGCAUCAAGGAGAUGUUUCCCCUUGGAGCACAGAAGAUUUUGGGCAGCAGAGGCUCAGCUAUCCCCCACAAAGGACCAAGUUGCUGGGUAACACAGCAAACGCCAGGAGUGCCCCAUUGUCCUCUUCAGCCAAAGCUCAUGAGGUUCCCAACUCCAGAGGGAAGCCCAGGAAGGCAGCUAAUGGUGAGGGAAGGCUGAGGAACAGAGGAGUGAGUGAAGCUACAGGUGAAACAACACCAUGUGUGAGAUCAAGUCAGAACUUCCAUCCAGAAGCCUUCACAUCCAGCUUCUCCAGAACUUCUCCAACCCAGACAAGCACCAGCACCAGAGGGGGAAGGGGCCUGGGGACGUCGGACGCUCCCGUCGGCUCCAGGCGCAGGAACACCAAGGCAAAAGCCCAGAGCCCAGCAUCUGAUUAUCCUAAGGAGAAGUGAUCCACCACCUAGAAAAAAACAUGUUUAGCACUCUAGUACUUAUUUGAGUGCAAGUCAAUUCCUGCAUCCCCAUGUCAUUGAACACUUGCUAUGACUUUAAAUUUUUACAGCCAGUGAUUAUUUUAUAUAUAUACAUAUACAUAUAUAUACACAUAUAUAUAUGUAUUUUUAAUCUGUGAGAAUACACUACAAGUUUUUACUUGUGUCACCUCCACUAGCAACAUCCCAUGACAGCAACUACACUUCUGCCUUGGACACUGCCCCAGUUGUUUCUGUACUUGCUCUUUGUGACACCCAGUGAAAGGGGAAUUGUUGCCAUCCUGCUUCUCUUGCCCGGGUCCUGCUGCUCUGGUGCUGGUUUGGGACUCUGGAUAUUGUGCAGGUCCUCAGUGGCCCUGCCCAGGACAUGGAGCUGGGGUUUAUUGUCUGUGGAGCAGCUCUGAGCACACCCAUCUUGUAAAAUGCUUUUUAAUGCUGUGUUAAUCCAUGCUUUUUAAAUUCCUUGUAAUAAAAUGGAUGUACCCAUGCCCCAAACCAUUGUGCAGUACAAACCUGUUCCACAAAGGGAAUGUUUAUG